UGCGUUGCAUAAACAUCCGAUAUCUUUUGCAAUCAACAUUAGACUGGUCAGAGAAUAUUGAAGACAGUGCAGGAUCAGAGGAGUGAGAAUGUCCACUGAAGCUGCCUUGAAGGAUCUUCGUAAAGAAAUACUGACAAAGAACCUACCAGACCUUUUGGAUCGUAAAUUCUUAAAAAUACCUGAAAAUGGGGAAGGGGACAUCACUGUGAUGCAGUGGAACAUAUUGGCCCAAGGUUUGAGUGGUGGAAAUGAUAAUUUUAUUCUAUGUCCACCGGAGGCCCUGUCAUGGGAAAAUCGACAAUUACAUAUGUUGGAGGAGAUCUAUCGAGUUGGACCUACCAUUCUGUGUAUGGAGGAAGUGGACUGCUUUUCAUUUCUAGAGGAAAAACUUAAACCACUUGGGUAUGAAGGAAAAUGGGUACAAAAACCAAACUCCCCAUGUUUGGAAAUGAAGGGUAAUAUGGGACCAGAUGGCUGUGCUUUAUUCUACCACAAAGACAAACUCCAAAUGGUUGAUACUCAGGCUGUAAAUCUCAAGGACAAUGGCAAGGCAACCAACCAGACUGCCCUUGUCAGUAAGCUUAAGGUCAAGGACAAUGAUCACAUGUUGUAUGUAGCCACUGUCCAUCUCAAGGCCAAAUCUGGUUAUGAAAAUCUGAGGCACCAACAGGGAAAAUACCUACUAGAUCACCUAACCAAAAUAGCUGGAUCCGAACCAAUCAUUGUGUGUGGGGACUUCAAUGCAAGUCCUAAGGAACCAGUGUACCAGGACUUUAGUAACAGUGACCUGGGGCUAAAAAGUGUGUACAGAGAAGCAUCAGCCGAGAAGAAGGAACCCAAGUAUACGACCUGGAAGAUCCGGGCUGGAAGCAAUGGAGAGAAUACAGAGAGCUGCAAGACCAUAGAUUACAUCUGGAUCAGGGGAAAUCUUAAGCUCACUGCCUUCUGGAAUAUUCCAGAUGAUGCCACCAUUGGCCCAAAUCGUUUACCAAGCCACAAGUACCCAUCAGACCAUUUUGCUCUAGCCUGCAAAUUAGUGUUUACUUAAUUUUCACAAUAUUCAUAUAUAAAAAUGUUUAUCAUUUCAUUAACAGUCAUUAUUUUUACACUUUUACAUUUAUUUAUUCAAGUUUUUUGAUAUUAUUGAAGGUUUAGAUGAUUGUUGAUAUUUAUUAUAUUAUAUAUUUUUCUUAUUACCAUGCAACUUUUGACAAAACUUAGACCUUAUUAGAAAUAUAUUAUCAUUAUCUAGUUCCUUUCUUGUAGGUAAGGGGGGCUAAAACUUGAAGAUAUGGUAUAACGUAGUUACAAACCAUUUAUAAUCUCAAUGUUUUGUUUUUUAAUUAAUACAGAUCUAGAAAAUAAGUAAAAGAACUUAAUAACACAGUUAAUUAGAAUAGUAUGUUUAUUUGUUAUCUAUAGUACUAUUUUAUAUGAGUAGUUUA